UUCAACAAAAGCGACCGUGAUUUUGGACUUCCAAGCCACAUAACACAAACACAAUGGCGGUGCCUUGCCAAUCUACUUUGCCUUUCGCUUACUCGAUAUCAAACCAGCUUCUGUCUUUGCUAUCCAUUUUCCACUUCCGGAGACUCGACUUCAAGGAUGUUUGGACGAACAUGCACACGGAUAUGGGCCAACAAAGGCACUUCUCAUUCGGCUCUGUACUCGACUCGGUGCUGCCUUCAGAAAUCACAGAGAUCAAGAUUACCUGGACCGUUAUUGUUGCGGGCCGCUUCAAGGAACCAGUCUGACCUGGGGUCCAGAAACACAUGGAUCCAAUCGCCUACCCCAUUCUCAACGUCAACUCGUUGUUGUAUUCAGCAGAAUUCCUUUGAGUCAUUAGGGAUCUAUCCUCCUCUGGCAGCGAACCUCAGGAGGACAAUGUUGAUCGACACCCCAUCUGCUCUCCAGCGUGCCUUUAUACCACCAAUCCUCGAAGGCAAAGACGUGUUGAUUAGGGACACCACAGGAUCAGGAAAAACAUUUGGAAUACUCCUGGCACUGCUCAACAAACCUCGACGACGAGUACACCCCAAUAAUCUUCCCGGAAUCACCUCUGUGCUCAUUGUACCCAACCAAGAACUGGCCUUUCAGCUCGAAUCAUGGACACGAUCUCUCUUUCCAACGUUCAGCGAACAGCAAAUGCAGGGGCUGAUCCAGGUUCUUGUUACACCCUCAACCCAGUCAUCCCCGCUCAUGAUACCUGAGGAUUUGCUCGACGAGGCAAGCAGCGAGCAGUCGACCCGAUUAAGGCAACACAGAGAAGAGCUAUCUCCUUCGACAACAAUAAAAGCACCAAAAAUCGAUCAUCAAUUAGAGACCUUAACUAAGGUUUUGCCCCAUGUACUCGUGGCAACACCAACACGACUUUGGAACCUGAUGCAGUCUGGCAUCUUGGAUCUAUCAGGAAUCGAAACCUUGGUCCUGGAUGAAAUUGACCAUUUGAUCCGUUUACCAAAGCGCUUCGCCAGUCAACGCGAGAUCUUCAAUCGGGACAGGCAUCCCCGACCAGCCGAGCUGGCCUUGCGAGAGAUCAUGCGAUCCGCCGAGGUCACAGGCCGUAGGAUACAGGACAAGUCUUCCGUCACUCAAACGUCAGGCGAGAAGGGAGUACAGAAGCAGGGAACGACGGAUACGAUCCAGAUCAUUGCAGCGUCGGCGACGAUGAACCGACCCAUGAGACAUUGGCUGGAGAGCAAUGGCUGGGUUCAGGAUCCAGAGUGGGUGGAUACGACCAAGAGCGUGGUUCUGCCAGAGGGCAUCGAGCACCAUUGUGUUGUCAUUGGACCAGGGUCCGUCAGGAAUAUGCGACCAGAAUCAAACCAUAUCCCAUGGAACGAACGAGGCGCACAAAGUGGACGUCAGGAAGUCAAUGCGUUAUCUAAACCACAGCAGGCAGGAGAAAUCGACUGGAUAGAGAAGGACCAAGCGUGGCAGAAUGAAGAAGGUAAGGACAAGGAUGCGAGCUGGAAGGAACAGCAGUUGAAGGCGCCAGGAGCGGUCGCCCUGGAACCGGAAGGCGCAGUCGAAAGGUUCGGGGACGAUGACGAUCGAAUGCUAGAGGGCGUCGCAAUGGCAUGCAUGCUUGACCAUGUCGAAAAUGCUUGUGUCUUCUUCUGCUCGUCCUUCAGUCUUUCGCACAUCGCGACACGACUCGAGAUGGACUUUGGAUUGUCGGUCCAACAGAUUCAAGAUGCGUUCGUGAGUCAUUCCGAUUCUGGUGCUACAUCUUCCCAGGCAGUGCAUGACAGGACAAGAAGUGAUAGAAAAGGGAAGGGAAUCUAUCUCGCACAUGAGAGCAAUGCACGAGGACUGGACUUGCCAGGACUGUCGCAUGUGUACAUUGUGGGUCUGCCUUCAUCGCCGUCGAGUUAUGUACACAUGGCAGGACGAACAGGACGGAUGGGAAAGAAGGGCCAGGUGGUGACGAUCAUCCGAGAUGAUGGACACCUUGAGGACCGCGCCCGGUCGCUCUUCCGGACGCUUAAUGUCAACAUCCAGCCGUUUGAGCAUGUUGAAUGAAGGAGGCGAUUGACUUCUCAAUAGAUCACUUGGCAUAUAGUCGACAGUACACAUCUUUAUCCACUCCUUCUUUCAUUUGAAUGUACAAUAU